GCCGAUGUGCUAAAAGGCAUGCCAUUCCCCUCUUUCUUUUGUUCUCCUUUUCGCUCUCUCUCUCCUUUUCGUCGUGUGAAGUUGCCAACUAGCAAAGGCAUGUCGUUCUCUAGACCGUGUAGCUUCAUUUCUCCCAAAGAGCUCAAGAAGCUCUUAUCUUCUACAACAGAUAAACCAACCGUCGUCGACGUGAGAGACGACGACUACCUCGGAGGACACAUCGUUCAAUGCCUGCACUACCCUUCCUCGCGCUUUCACUCUGAUGUCCACUCGCUCGUCGAAGAACUCAAGGAUGAACACGUCGUCGUCUUCCACUGUGCGCUGAGCCAGCAGCGGGGGCCAAAGGCAGCAAGGAUAUAUGCGGAAACACGGGCGAUUCUCCUCCCCGAAGCUGCAGAGCAGAAAGUGGUCGUCUUACGCGGCGGGUUCAUGCAGUUCCAGGCUGAGUUCCGCAACGAACCGCAUCUGUUUGAAGAUUUUAGGCCUGAGCUCUGGGAUAUGUGAUCUCCAACGCACCAAGAUACCCAUCACGAUGUUGUACUACUAUCACUAUUAUCGCUCCCCUCGCCGCUCUGCCCUUCCUGUGCCCGCCUAUCAUCCGCCCGCUGUUUGGCAACCCGCACAUGCCUCUCCGGGAACUUCUCCUGAAACGUGCGAAAGACAGCCCGUUCCUUCGCGAGCUUAGACUGGCACAUCGUAAAGGAUGCACUACUUGUGAGCAUGAACGUCGCCACGCCCCAAUUACUCGCCCACAUCGCCGAAGUCCUCGAAAGUCGGAUAGCCAUCACCCCGACCCCACUGGCGAUCCCGAUGAGCAGCGCGUUCCUGACGCAGGGCAUCUCGCCCAUAUGGGAAAAGUCCUUGAACGAGAGUAGGGAGAGGGCGGUCGAUAGCCGGCUGCGGUCUGUAUCUGGCGCUGUAGGUGGUGGGCGGGGCCAUUGUUUGCGCUCUUCGUCGUCUGAGGUGGAC